AUGGUACCCAAAUUGGGUUAUUCUGUGAGUCAUAAGACACAGACUAUUGGCUCAAUAUUUCAUAUAACGUGUUCAUUAGAAGAGGGAUCUCUUCCCGUGUUCUUCGAGUGGUCCAGAAAUGGACAGACACUCAAAUCCAGUCCUGAUGUUAACUAUAAGAUUGAAAACUUUGAAAUGCAUUCAACUUUUACUAUAAAGAGUAUUGAGAGAAGAGAUGCCGGAAAUUAUUCAUGUCUUGUAAACAAUGGGUUCGGAAGUGACGGACAGAGCUUAUACGAAUUCUUCUUCAGUGUUGAAUACGAGUCCACACAAUGGACUACAAUACCCAAAUUGGGUUAUUCUGUGAGCCAUAAGACACAGACUAUUGGCUCAAUAUUUCAUAUAACGUGUUCAUUAGAAGAGGGAUUUCUUCCCGUGUUCUUCGAGUGGUCUAGAAAUGGACAGUCACUCAGAACUGGUCCCGAAGUUAACUAUAAAAUAGAUAACUUUGAAACUCAUUCAUCAUUUAAUAUAAAAAAUGCCGGAAAUUAUACAUGUCUUGUGAAGAAUGCUUUGGGAGACGACAGACACACAGUCUUGUUGUCAAUUAAAGCGCCAAAACUGGCCAAACAUGUGUCCCAUAAGACACAACCCAUUGGAACCUACUUUCAGAUAUUCUGUAACUUAGAGUCGGGAUCUUUGCCCGUGUUUUACGAGUGGUUACGAAAUGGACAGACACUCAGAUCGGGUCCGGAUGUCAACUAUAAGAUCGAAAACUUUAAGAAAUUCUCCACAUUUUCUAUCGAUGAUAUCGGAAGAAGUGAUUCCGCGAACUAUACAUGUCUUGCGAGCAAUGGUUUCGGUUCUGACAAUAUAUCGGUUGUGCUCUCAAUAAAUGUACCCAAAUUAGGACCGGCUAUAAGUCAUAAGAGCCAAAUCAUAGGAACUGUAUUUCAUAUAAUGUGUUCAAUAGAGUCGGGAUCUCUUCCCGUGUUCUUCGAGUGGUCUAGAAAUGGACAGUCACUCAGAACUGGUCCCGACUUUAACUAUAAGAUUGAAAAUUUCAAAAAAUUUUCCACAUUUUCUAUCGAUGAGAUCACAAGAAGUGAUUCCGGAAACUAUACAUGUCUUGUGAGGAAUGCUUUGGGAGACGACAGACACACAGUCUUGUUGUCAAUUAAAGGACCUAAAUUAUCCAAACAUGUAUCGCAUAAGAGUCAGUCAAUUGGCACUUACUUUCAAGUGUUUUGUAACGUAGAGUCGGGAUCUUUGCCUAUGUUUUACGAGUGGUCACGUAAUGGACAGUCACUCAAAACCAGUCCCGAAGUUAACUAUAAGAUUGAAAACAAUGACAUGUUUUCAAGAAUUAUUAUUAAGAAGAUUGAGACCAAAGAUGCGGCUAAUUAUACAUGUCUUGUGAGCAAUGCUUUCGGUUCUGACAGACAAACAGUUUUGCUAUCAAUUAAUGUUUAUAUUCCAAAGAUAAACUCCAUUGAAAACCAUAACUAUUCUUACAUGCCAAAGUUGGGCUCAAUUGUGUCCCAUAAGAGUCUAUCCAUUGGAAAAGCGGGUUCUUCGCCCGUAUUCUUCGAGUGGUCACGAAAUGGUCAGACAAUUAAGUCGAGUCCCGAAGUUAACUAUAAGAUAGAGAGCUCUAAGAAGUUCUCCACACUUACUAUCGAUGAGAUCACAAGAAGUGAUUCCGCGAACUAUACAUGUCUUGUGAAGAACUCAUUGGGAACUGAUAGUCAGUCGAUGUUAUUAUCAAUCAAAGCCCCGAAGUUAGCCAUUUCUGGUAUCAUUAAUAAGACUCAACCAAUUGGUAGUAACUUUCAAAUAUUCUGUUCGGUUGAGACCGGAUCUCAUCCACUAUUCUUUGAGUGGUUACGAAAUGGACACCAAAUUAAGUCCAUAUCCAAAGAAGUGAUUCCGCGAACUAUACAUGUAUUGCAAGGAAUAACUUCGGAACCGAUAGACUAUCUAUUUUAUUAUCAAUUAAAG